AUGGAGCAAGACGAGCUCCUACAGCGAGCAAGAACAAUUUCUGCAUCCAGGGCCAGUUUGCUGCUGCCGCAACCGCCAUCUCAACUGGGGGUGUAUGCUUGUCUGCAAGAGGUGAAUGAAAUUGGCUUAAAGGUAGCUAGUGCGUAUAGAGAGACGACGAGUAGAAACGCGUCUACAUAUCCACAGCACCUACCGCGAAUGGAGGUUGUAUCAGCCCGGUUCGAAAAGCAUCCGCCCAACAAUCUGAGGAAAAGCAACUUCUUUCACUUUAUUCUGGCCUUGUACGAUCAAAAUCGGCAUCCAGUAGAGAUAGAACGCGCCGUAUUUGUGGAUUUCGUUGAAAAAGACAAGGUCAGUCAAUUUCUUACCAUGCACACUUUGCUUGCAUCUCUUCAAUAUCCAAACAAAAAGGAGACCAUUAGUUUCUAUGCCAACCAGUUCCGUUAUUCUUCAGCCACUUUGGCAAGUUGGCUCAUCACUUGCAAAAUAACUUUUAGGCAAAUGCCAAAACUAAGCAUCCCAAUGGCCCGUCUACAAUGA